AUGGCUUGGUUUAGCGGGAAAGUCUCGCUAGGGAACUUCCCUGAUCUAGCAGGGGCGGUGAAUAAGCUCAGUGAGAGCGUCAAGAAUAUCGAGAAGAAUUUUGAUAAUGCACUUGGUUUCGAAGAUAAAUCCGAUUCUAGUAGCAACACCGAAGAUGAUAUCAUUCCGGACACUGGCAAAGCUCUCGAGUCCGAAUUGCAAUCAGAACUGAAGGCUAUCAAACCUCCUGAGCCAGCUGUCCAUGAUGUUAAAAUACCAGAUUCAGUUGAUGAUCUACAGGAGAAAAAGAUUUCAGAGGUGGGGCCUGCAGAAAAAUCAGAUACUUUGGAGGUCAAGUCAGAAGCUUCCAGGGUUGAUGAAAUUGAGGCUGCUUCCAUCGUGCAUGAUGAGUCACAUAAUGCAUUUCAUACUCCUGAGAGCACAGAUGAACGAGAGCCCGAAGCUGAGGAGACUGUAGAACAAAGUUCUCCUAUUCAAGCUGAGGCAUUAAAUGAUGCACAAGCUGAGGCAUCGAAUGAUGGGCAAGUUGAGGCAUCAAAUGAUAUCCUAGCUGAAGCAUCGAAUGAUACCAGAGCUGAGGCUUCAAGUGAUACCCAAGCUGAAGCUGCAGUUGAUUCAUCCAGUUCACAGCCCGUUAGUGCUGAAGUGAGUGACAUGGCUCGUGAGUUUUCCCUGUCAACUGUAUCUCCCUCAGAUGAGGCUUCAGAAAUGGUUUCUGGACCAGUUUCUCAGGCGGAUGAUGGCCAUGAUCAGCCAGUUGGAGGAGACAAGCAAGCUGAUGAUGGUGAAAUUGACAUUAAAGAGCAACGCUUGAGCUCGGGGUUGAAUAUAUCAGACUCUAUAGAUUCCAUGCUUGAACUAGAGAAGGUGAAGACUGAGAUGAAAAUGAUGGAAACUGCACUACAAGGUGCGGCAAGGCAAGCUCAGGUAUUACCAUGUGGCACAGAUUUAUCAUGCUGGAAAGAAAAGGCUUGA